UAGAUAUGUUAGACUAUUCAGAUUUAAUAGACAGUGAUGGCGUCAUUUUCUUUUUAGAUUAUUACAAAACUUUUGACAAAUUGGAACACAAAUUUUUAUUUCAGGCUCUACAAAAAUUGGCUUUGGCGAUUCCUUUUGCAGGAUGGUCCAUUUGCUAUACAUAAACGGAAGCAGCAAAUUAAGUAAUGGUACUUCCAACCCUAUCUCACGGCGAAUUCGUACUAAUUCGUACGAAUUAACCAAGUGGUUAAAUCGUACUGUAUCGUACGAUUUCUUGUUCGCGUUGAAUAAGCGUGACCCAACUCUCCAUUGGAAAGCAUCGCGAUAUUAAACAGCAGUUACACGUGCCACAUCUCGUUACUUCAGAUCCCACACUACUCCAUACAGACUUCCUACAACUUAUUAACCCAACGGCUCUUUUAAGAGCCAUCUCUUGCAAAAGCUCUCUCUCUCUCUCUGACACUCACUCACUCACUCACUCACUCACUCUCUCUCUCUCUGACACUCACUCACUCACUCACACUCUCUCUCUCUCUCUCUCUCUCUCUCACUCUCUCACUUACUCUCACACACUCACUCAAACUCACACUUGCACACACACACGCACAUUAUUGCUGUCACCUUUUAUUCCUACCCAAUGCUUUACUUAGGCCUACAUUAAUUAUAGAUUUUUAGGGACAUUACAUCAUUUUCUCACACACAAAAGCAUGGCACCUGGAGCCACAACACGGCAGUGUACUGUUUGCUAUAAAGAGAUCGGCAGCGCCUCCAAAUCAUGUAAACAUUGUGGAAUAACAGUUAAACAGAAGAAAAGUCUGGAACACCAAAAACUUAAAUUUAAUUACCAAUGGGCAGCCAAAUUAAAAAAAGAUGGAAAUAUUUGCAAAAUCAUGAAUUCUGUUGACUUGAUUCUCCAUAAGUUGGAAUUACUAGGUGUCUCACCGAUGCUUUUUAUCACAACACAGAAAGGCCAGCACCGCUCUACAAAAGUUUUAGUUAAAAGUGCGUACAUUCAGAGCCAUCCCUCAGUUCCAGUUAUGCAGAGGCUUUAUGAGGCUGUUACAAGAGUACUGAAGAUCUCCAGGAACAUGAUUGUGAACCCUGAGCUAGAGCAUUAUAGGCAAAUAGGCUGUAUAGGGAACAACCCUACUUCUGUGUCCAACACCUCUGUGUCCAGUGACCCCGCAUCUGUGUCCAACACCUCUGCCUCUGCGUCCAGUGACCCCGCCUCUGUGUCCAACACCUCUGCGUCCAGUGACCCCGCCUCUGUGUCCAACACCUCUGCGUCCAGUGACCCCGCCUCUGCAUCCAGUGACCCCGCCUCUGUGUCCAACACCUCUGCGUCCAGUGACCCCGCCUCUGCAUCCAGUGACCCCGCCUCUGUGUCCAACACCUCUGCGUCCAGUGACCCCGCCUCUGCAUCCAGUGACCCCGCCUCUGUGUCCAACACCUCUGCGUCCAGUGAUCCCGCCUCUGUGCGCAACACCUCUGCCUCUGCGUCCAGUGACCCCGCCUCUGUGUCCAACACCUCUGCGUCCAGUGACCCCGCCUCUGUGUCCAACACCUCUGCGUCCAGUGACCCCGCCUCUGUGUGCAACACCUCUGCCUCUGCAUCCAGUGACCCCGCCUCUGUGUUUAAAAGCUCCACCUUUUCAGCCAGUGACCCUCCGUCUGUGUCCAAUGACCCCGCUUUCGCAUCCAUCAAUUCCACCACUGCGGCCAAUCACCCUGCAUCUGUGUCCAGCAACUCCGCCUUUCAGACCAGUGGAACUGCUUCUUUGUCAAAUGACCCCACCCCUGCAUUUAACGACCACACCUCUGUGCCCAACGACUCCACCUUUACAGUCAAUAUUUCCAAUGUGUUCUACAAGCCAAUAAAGAGAAAGGGGAGACAAAUACAUAAUGGGAAGAAAAGAAUAUCUUUUUCGUUGGCAGCCUUGCACAUCUUGUGGCAAGAAGUGGCGGAGUACAUGGGUGUCCGAGGAUGCUGUACAGUAGUUUGCGAACUAUUUGCUUCUGUUUAAAUUCAUACACAUUUGACAUAUCAGUGCAUAUAAUGAAAUAAAUACAAAAUAUGAGUAGUAAUUGUGUUUCAAUGAAUUUGUUUUAACAAAUACAUUGUACUUGAACAGUGGAUGCAUGCCUAUGUUAAUCUUGCAAAACAGCAAAGCAUCUAUCAUAUAAUACAUCCUACAAUAAAGUAUUGUGUUCUAAAAUGAAGUGUUUAAUGUUGUACAUUAAAAAUGGGGUUUCAUUAAAAAAUUAUUUUAUGAUUGAUUUGUAAGAAAAGUAUCCUGAUUCUUUUAAUAAAAUGAUGCAGUAACAUUGAUAUAA